AAAAUUUCUCAUUACAAUUGCAGUUGGCUAUGCACACGCCAACCUAUCUUUGUACAGGCAGUUACGUCUGCGUGGAUCUUUUGAAUAGUUAGCUUCAACGCUUAUUGAGCGACCUUUGCAUGAAAUUGCCGAAACAUUGACAACCUUAUGCACAGGCCUUUCAGAGAGUGUUGAAUUUAACUAUUCCCAAAAUCCCAAGUUAAUUCAUUCACCAAGAAAUCUGAAGCUAAAUUUUCAUUGUAAAGAUGACCAUAUUAGACGUUGAGUUCAAUUCGGAUGAGAGAAGAACUCGAAAUCGGAAUGCAGUUGAAAAGAUCAGACAAUUGACGGAACUGUUGGCUGACGUACAUUCUCAAGGAAAAGAGUAUGAUCAACCAAUCCCGUCAUCUUUCAUUCCUCACCUCACUGGGGGAGAGGUUUGCGACAUCACACCAGACGUGUCUGAACUUCAAUCCGAAUGUUCAAAUGAAUGGCGGCGUGCAGAAGAAAAAGAUUUGAAGUCAGGGGACAUAUUUUCUUUAGGAUGCUACUUUUACUACGUGAUCACUGGUGGUCAACACCCGUUCGGGAAGAAAGGCCAUCGCACGCUGUUAAUCGCUAACAAUCUGUAUGACUUGACAGCAUGUCGAGAUGGGCCUUUAAAACAACUCAUAGCUAGGAUGAUUUGCCGUGAUAGCACAAAACGGCCCAGUUCAUCGGAUCUGCUGAACCACCCCUACCUUUGGAAAGAAGACCGGGCGGAAAGUUACCUGGUGUCAUUAGGUGACAAUCUGGACGAGAAUAGUGAAAGGUAUCAGAUAUGGAAAGACACAUUUCUAUUUUCAUUCGAGUUGCGUGCCACUAACUUUCACAUGGUUCGAGAAAAUUUUAUUACAAAAAGUAUUUUGAGUAUCUUGAUGGAUAUCAAGGAAAAGAAAGAAACGGCCUUAAAUGCCUGUCAACUGUUUCCGGACUUGCUAUCAACUGUUUACUUUAACGAGAAUCCUGACGCCAUCCUAGAAGAAAUCAAAAGUUCAUGCCCAGAAACUCUCGGCAAUGUGCUAAUAGCAAAUGAUUGCUUUGCUGGUGUCCUGCCAGAUAUCGGGAUCGAGAGGCGUCACGGGCGAUUCGGGGCGUAUCCUGUCCACGUUAUGCAAUUUCCGGUGAUCCGCCACACCGAUGAUUCUAUAUCAUUAAUGACACGUCUGAGCUGCUUGAAUCAUCCAAAUUUGUUGCAAUAUUUUUACCUUCGCGAAAACUCUGACAAAAAUUUGGUGUUGGCUUGUGAGCCGUUCGAUGAAGUACUCAAAACUUGGAUGGAGAAAAACAGCCAACUUACCUUAAAUGAAGCAAAGGAAAUUUUAAUUCAAAUCACGUUAGGUCUCGUGUACUAUCAUUCUAACGAACUCAUUCACGGAAACCUUACAUCGAGCCAAAUUGCUAUAACCAACAGCAACAAUGCUGUUACUGCGAAGAUCUGUAAAUUUCUGACUGAUGAAAAAGACUGUACAGAGAAUUCAUCUUCCACGAUGCAAAAUGACAUUCGAAAACUGGGCCAAAUUUUUGCUGAUUUAUUGCGACGAACGAAAGACGUGCCACCAAGCAGCCUUCAUCUUAUCCAGUCGAUGAAAGAUAUUAGGGAUGAAUGUGUUCCCCCAUCGGUAGCAAUCUUCUACCACCCGUUCUUCUGGUCACCCAAGGAAACCGAUUACUUUCGUCGGAAACGUCAUAUCGGCGGCCAACCAAAUCCUAAUAUCGAUGGAAAUUCGUGCACGGCAAGCGUACGUCAUCAUUACGAAAAUGAGCCCAAUUCUAAACGUCCUGCUUCUGACUCCGCGACGAAAGUGCAAACAUCGUCUGAGAUAGACAGGUGGCUAAAAGGGCAAGAAACCCAAAAAUCUGCUUUUCCAAAUUUCUAUUACCCAUUCUACAAUUUUCCUACAAGGGAAAAGCUUUCGGCUGGAACGCAAGAAAAUAUAAACAGGCAGAUUGCAUUGCUAAGCAAAGAACAGUAUGCAGUAGAAAAUCAAGGGCCUCAUGGUAUCCAAAACUAUCUCGAAAACUAUUUUAAGAAAUGGGCACAAGCUACGGAAGAUUCUGAAGCGCCUGAACAAGUCACGAAGCAUCCCGCUCCCGGCAUCCCGCUAUUGAUUCUUCAGCAUCCCGCUAGUGAUUCUUCAGGAAGAACAGCCAUGCACCUUGCUUGCCAUUCUGAUCACUUCUACGACUCGGCCAAGAAACUGCUGGAAUUGGAUUGCAACCCAAACAUCGCAGAUAAAAAUGGAUUCGUACCUUUGCACGUUGCUGCUCUCAAUAGCUCGUUUAAGAUUGCCGAAUUACUAAUCGAGAACAAAGCUACUAUUGACUUGUGCAACAACAAAGAAUUAACAACACCUCUUUUCUGUGCCGCACUCAGCAACUCAGUUUUGAUUAGCGAGCUGCUGAUGAAAAUGGGCGCUGACACAAAUAAAGUGGAUGCCUUUGGGCAAACUGUCCUUCACAUUGCUGUGGUAAAAAAUUCGGUAAAUGUGGCGAAGCUUCUUCUAGAAAACGGUUGUCAGAAAAAUGUUAAUGCAGUUGAUGAUUUCGGCAAAAGUCCUUUACAUAUUGCCGUGUUCCACAACUUGAUACAAAUGGCGCAUCUGCUGCUCGACAAUGGAGCAAACCCUAACGUUACCGAACCGGGGAAAAAUGCUAUUUCUAUCCCUGUACUGCAUCUUUCCGUGAAAAAUAAAUCGCCCCAAAUGAUGGAACUGCUGCUCAGGAAAGGUGCUAACCCAAAUUUAGUGACCUAUCAAGGCGACACUCCAUUGCACGUAGCUGCUGUUCUCACCCCGACCUGUCAAAUCUGUUUACAAAUGGUGAAGUUACUUAUCGACUUGAAAGCAGACGUGAAUGCUGUUGAUGGGGGGGGCAGAACUCCGCUUCAUCUUGCAAUAUUGAACGCGGUCGGAAAAAUGGAAGGACGCGUUGCAGCAGAUCAUGGUGCACGAGAAGUCGUCAAGCUCCUGAUUGCUAAGGGCGCGGAUAUCGAAGCUGAUGACGACUUUGGUUCAAUUCCAAUUGAUUAUGCGAGAUGCAGUAACAAAGAGGACUUCAUCAAAUUCAUCGAGAAAAGCAGCAACGAGGAAGACUUUUCUGGGAUGAUGCCACUGGGCGCGUAGCUAAGUCCAGCUGAGAAGACAGUAUAUUCCGAGUUGAAAACAAAAUUUAACAAAGACCGACACUGGCAUGAAGUAAGCUACUCGAUAAACAUAAACGUUGCUUAUGAACAACAAGAAUUGUAUUAGAGUUUUUAGACACUGUGCUGAUCCAGCACUACACUGAUCAUAAUUUCAAUCACAUGUGUCUUUGUAAUGGGCUUUGUAGGCUGCAAAGACAGUCAUCUGAUUUUUAAAAUCCCUUAAUAAUUUCUCUAUGC